GCCAGAGGAAGCACAAGCCCACCAUCAUCAUAAUUAAACUCCCAACAUCCCUCCCAAAGGGAAGAAACUAUAUAUAUAUAUAUAUACACACAUCCAAACCAAGGCCAAAUUAAAAAUAACCCCACCAAGGAAAUAAGAAAAAGGUGAACACACAUCUCACCUCAAUGUGUAACACUUCCCCCUCCCCUCCUUUCUCCUCCACCCAAAAAUCCCAUCUCUUAAACCCUAACAAACCAUUAAUGGAGGAGGAGGAUCCUCCUCCCCACAAUGCUCUCCAUGAUGAUCUCAACCGUUGGCCUUCUCUCUCUGAGGUGGUGGAGGAGGUGAGAGCGAUAGGGAAAAUCUCCUUGCCAACUGCGGCGACGGGACUAGUGCUGUACUCGCGGUCGAUGAUCUCGAUGCUGUUCCUGGGGGGGCUGGGGGAGACGGAGCUGGCGGGGGGGUCGCUGUCGAUCGGCUUCGCGAACAUCACGGGCUACUCGGUGCUGUCGGGGCUGGCGAUGGGGAUGGAGCCGAUCUGCGGGCAGGCGUUCGGCGCCCGCCAGCCGCGCCUCCUCGGCCUGACCCUCCAGCGCUGCGUCCUCCUCCUCCUCGCCGCCUCCCUCCCCAUCUCCCUCCUCUGGCUCAACGCCCGCCGUCUCCUCCUCCUCUCCGGCCAGGACCCCCUCCUCGCCGCCUGCGCCGCCUCCUUCCUCCUCGCCGCCCUCCCCGACCUCCUCCUCCUCAGCAUCCUCCAUCCGAUCCGCAUAUACCUCCGCUCCCAGAACAUCACUCUCCCCAUCACCGCCGCGUCCGCGCUCGCCAUCGCGCUCCACGCCCCGCUCAAUUACCUCCUCGUCUGCCGCCUCCGCAUGGGCGUCCCCGGCGUCGCCCUCGCCAUGACCUGGACCAACCUCAACCUCUUCCUAUUCUUAUUAGCUUAUAUUCUACUCUCCGGCGUGCAUCGCGACACGUGGGUGGCCCCCACGGCCGAGUGCCUGCGCGGGUGGUCGGCGCUGCUCCGCCUCGCCGUCCCCACCUGCGUGUCCGUGUGCCUCGAGUGGUGGUGGUACGAGCUCAUGAUCCUCCUCUGCGGAUUGCUGCGGAACCCGAGCCACACCGUCGCGAGCAUGGGGAUCCUCAUGCAGACCACGUCGCUAGUGUACGUGUUCCCCUCCGCGCUCAGCCUCGGCGUCUCCACGCGCGUCGGGAACAUGCUCGGGGCCGGGCGCGCGGCGGCGGCGAGGCGCGCGGCGGCGGUGGGGCUGGUGUGCGGCGCGGCGAUCGGCGUCGCGGCCGCAGGGUUCGCCGCCGGGGUGAGGGACCGGUGGGGGACGAUGUUCACCGGGGACCGGACGAUACUGCGGCUCACCGCCGCCGCGCUGCCGGUGAUGGGCCUCUGCGAGCUCGGCAACUGCCCGCAGACCGCCGGCUGCGGCGUGCUGCGCGGCACCGCUCGGCCCGCCGUAGGAGCCAACAUAAAUUUGGGCUCCUUCUAUCUGGUCGGAAUGCCAGUGGGGCUCAUCAUGGGGUUCGCAGCGGGGAUGGGGUUCGUCGGGCUAUGGAUCGGCCUGCUGGCUGCGCAGGCGACCUGCGCCGUUCUGAUGGUGGCUGCAAUCUGGCGGACCGACUGGGCCGGCGAGGUGGAGAGGGCCAAACAGCUCACCAAAAAUUCAUCAUCUUCUUUUCCUUCUUCCGAUCUUUCUGAUGACAAUAAUAAGAAUUUUUCGCGCUAUUGUGUAAGUACUGAUGAUAUAGACAGUGCGGCAACUAGAAAUGUCAGUAGUGAUGAUUGUAAGUUGGAGGAGAUAGUUUGUGUUGGCGAGGAGGAUGAGAAGAGGGUUGCAUUGGAGAGUGAUCCCCUCAUUUGUGGGGAAAGAGUGGGAGUGUGUGAAUUUUGAAUUUAUGUAUUUUAUUUAAUUUUUAAUUUUUAUUUUAUUUUAUUUUGGGGGUGGUUAUGUUGUUGGUGAGGAUUUGUGCAGGGUAAUUAUGUUUAUUCCUCCUCCUUUGUUUUAUCAAUUGUUCUGUUUAGAUGAAUUGAAUUUUGAUAUGAUUAAAAACAGUAGUUUUGUAA